CACCGAGGGUGAUGUGCGGUUUUUAGGAGCCCACGGAAGUCUGCAGGAUCUUGAGUGGGCCAGAGUGUACCUGUCACCACUGUCUAUGCGGGGACCCUGGGAGCCCACUAAAGGUCACCGUGAGAGGUUCUGCAAUGCAGUGUCGAAUUGGUUGCACGAAUAGAGCAGCUCCAUGGCCGCCGCCAAUGCCACCACGCCCCCGCCACUCUCUCCCUGCAGGAGGUAACCCUCGAAGGCUGGAUGAGAUGGACAACAGGAGCAAAGUGCGGGGUCAGACGCCGCGGCGUUCUAAUGCUGCUCACGGUGAAGUGAUGCGUGCGGUCUGAAAGUUGUGAUCAUCUGUUGACGUCAGCAGACGCACGUUCGCUGCCAUGCUGGUUAUGAGCAGUCUGUCCUCAGCCAAUGAGAGCUGCAGCUCCGACAGGAGCGGUUCCACCGCCUCCGACCUGUCCUCCACUUCAGGACUCUACCCUUCCGGCGAUGUUCCGCCCCCGCCCCCUUUGCCACCGCCACCCCCACCUCCAGCCGCUCCCCCGCCGCUACCCGCGGUUAGCACCUCCGGCAGGAAGAAGCGGCGGGUGCGAAGUUUCUUCUGGAAGACCAUCCCGGAGGAGAAGGUCCGCGGGAAGCCCAACAUUUGGACCAUGCCGGUGCAGCAGCAGCAGUAUCAGAUCGACGUCCGGUCUGUGGAGGAGCUGUUUGGGCAGCAGGAGGAGGGAGGGGUGGGGGGACGGGGGGCGACGACGACUGCCGGGAUGGUGACCCAGGUCUCCCGAUCGCGAUCUUUCAAAGAGAGCAGCAAAGAAGAGAUCAGCAUCCUGGACUCCAAGAGGGGAAUGAAUGUGGGGAUUUUCCUCAAGCAAUUCAAAAAGUCCAACCGCUCCAUUGUGGAAGACAUACGGCGAGGAGACGGGAAGCUCUACGGCGCCGAGCUACUCAAAGACCUGCUCAAGCUGCUGCCCGACGCAGACGAGAUCAAGAAGCUGCAGGCGUUUAAAGGCGACCCGGACAAGCUGACGCUGGUCGACUCCUUUAUGUACCUUCUCAUCCAGGUGCCUCGGUUGGAGGUGCGCAUCGAGGCGAUGGUCCUGAGCGAGGAGUUCAUGCCCUCCUGCGCCGUGAUGAGUCAUGAGAUCCAUGUCGUGCGUGUCGCUACUCAAGCGCUGAUGAGCUGCGAGGAGCUUCACGCCAUCUUGCAUCUGGUGCUGCAGGCGGGAAACAUCAUGAACGCGGGAGGAUAUGCAGGCAACGCCGUGGGCUUCAAGCUGUCGUCCCUCCUCUCAUUGGCUGACACCAAAGCCAACAAGCCGGGGAUGAACCUGCUGCACUUUGUCGCCAUGGAGGCCAAGAAAAAGGACGAGAAGCUGUUAAAGUUUCCGGAAAAACUUGUGGACGUCCAGAGUGCAGCCAGUCCGCUCCCGAAAAUGACACUCAAAGUCGCCCUGUCUUUGCCCCAUCACCACCCUCUUUCCAAGCUCCCUAAAAGUCGAGAUAGUGGUUAUCCUUGUGAUCACUGUGCAGGAUUUCAUGUUUUUGCAUGUAGAAUCUCUGCGGAGAACAUUGAGGUGGAGUUCUCCUCCUUAUACGUUCGCAUCAAAACCCUGGAGGAGAAGGUUCAAGGUGACCCGGAGUUGCUGCUGCAGUGGGAAACCUUCUUGCAGAGUUCGGCACAGGCGCUCCAGGACCUCAAGCGGCGGCGCCUGGACCUGCGCAAAGAAGGGAAUGCGCUCAUUGAUUUCUUUUGCGAAGACAAGGACACGUUCAAGCUGGACGAAUGCUUCCGCAUCUUUCAAGACUUCUGCAUCAAGUUCAAGAAGGCCGUCAAGGACAACGCAGACCGUGAUCAAAAAGAGGCAGCGAGGCAGCGUCGCCUAAAGGAGCUGGAGGAAAAGCGCUUUGCUUGGUCAAGCGAAGACCACAAAGGCAUAUUCGGUCGUAGCAGCAGUGAAAACGACGUGGAAAUGCUCACCAAGGAAGGCCUCAUGGACUUCUUCCAGCAGAGGUCCAAGAGUCCACACAGUCCGCUGGGACGUUCGUCCAGCGCUCGGCGCCAUCGCCACACCAUGACCUCCAUAGCGGAUCGUGAACUCCAAGGAUACCUUGAGCUGUUUGGAGCCUCUGACGACUAUUCCAAAUUUAACAGUCUACCUCGGUCUGGCCGCACCCACCAACGGAAGACGACCCCUUGGAUCUUAACCCAGGGCGAUGACCGCGAGCUGGGCUACAAUAGAGAAUUGCCUUCUGCUCGUGCAAACACAGAACCUCUCAGUCCACUUGCAAGGUUUUCUUCUUCUGGGCAAAACACUGAUGAGGACCAAUGCAACAACAAUAGUUACGCGUGUGUGUCGGAGGGCGGCCAUCUGCCUCAUACGUUUAGCGACUUUCACAACCCAGCGAUUAACGGCCACAUGAACGUGAGUGUAGAGAAACAUACUUUAGUUUUAGGUCCUCAAGCUUUUGACCUUCCAAGUCCAAACAAUAACAGUAACCACAUGCACCUUGUCAACCAGGGGGAUGUUGAGGUCACUGAUCUGGAAAAAGACAAGUGUUCUCUUUCUGGCAGUCUGGAUCUGGAUAAAUAUCCAGGCGGUUUAGAAGGGGUGGAACCCAAGGGAGAGGUGAGACAGAUGGAUCGCAAUCAAGAAGAGAAUAGCACAGUUUCAUCAACAACCUGUGACACUCCUCUGCCAUUAGACACUCCUAUAUCCAACAGAAAGCCGGUGUUUAACAUCCUAGACUGCACAGAAGCAGACUGCUCCGUCACACUAGAUUACUCUGAGGUUGAAAGCUCAUCUCUCUCAAAAGAAGGACUUCAUAUCAGGACGGGUGACUGCAGCGAAGACCAGGAGAAUCCUCACCAUCUAAGUUGUCCGCUCCCAUACAAUGAACUUUCUGUGGACGCCGCCUCUGCGACACUACCAGAGUGGGAAAUGGAAAGCUGUGACACCACAGUAGCAAAGCAAGCCGGGGUAAAAGACCCUCAGGGAGGCAGCAGGAAACCGCUGCGUACAAACAGCAAAGGCAGAAAGUGCGGCAGCGCCAGCGGUUCUGGUGUGCGAACGUUAACCAGCAGCGAGAGCCAGGGCAUGCGGAAAGUGGUGCCCAUAACCAGGCUAACCAGGACAGGGAGCCGAAAGCAAGCAGACAGUGAAGACUUGCGCCAGCCUCUCCGUGAACAAAGUACCCCUCCAAGAGGGCGGAGUGAGAAGACCGCUCGACCUCCCCGACACUCCAGUCUGCCUCCUGAUGAGUCGAAAUCUCAGAAGGUAGGUGGCCUCACUGGCAGCAUCUCCAGAUGUCCGUGCGAUCCUAUCCAGAGGAAGACCUCGGUCAACAAGCCGAGUGCCAAGCCCCUCAGAAACAUCCAGAAGCCUGCACCAGAGGAGAAGAUGUGCCGCUCCACCAUGAGGGCCCUGGCACAGGCUCAAGUCCAGGGUGGCACUUCCUCAGAAAACGGCAGCUCCCAGGUGCCAGCCUCCAAGACUUUACCCGAUGUCCCAAGCUUUGCCCGGAACACUGUGGCGUCGUCUUCCAGGACCAAGAAGGAGCCCGCCGCCCAGUCCACCCCCUCUCACGUUCCCUCCUUUUUGAAUCGGCAGACUUCCAUCAGGCAGACCAGGUCAGGACAGACGGUUCAUAACAGCGAGGAGCGACCACAGGGGACAACCCUGCGGCGGGUCCACAGCGUCAGGGCAGAUAGUCGCAGCACCUGCCGCAGCCAGACUCCGCCUCCUGCACGGGAGGACGUUAGAAAGAACUUUUCAGACAAGUCUCGAGACGUGGUGACACCCAGCAAGAGUGCGAAGCCCAGCUGGAAGUAACACAAAACACAUAAGAACUUGCAUCACGCAAAAGACUACAACAAAAGUUAUCUCCUGGAGGACCGUCUAGUAGUUGACUUCAGGACUGUGAAUUCUGUGUCUCUGUGUUCAGUGAAGCUAUGCUGUCUUAAAGUCAUUAACGUAAUCGACAAACGGCAAGUCGGUGAAUAGCAUCGGAUCAUUUUUGCCUGCUUAGUCGUCCAACAGAAGGAUUUCCACUGCAGGAACUCGGAACCGGACUUAGGCGGCUGUCAUUUUGGACAUUUUCAUGGCAUUGGCACUUUCAGAUCCUGAAAACGCAAACAUAAAAGUGUCCAAGAACAAAACCAAUGUUGUUUCUGUGUAAGCAUUGGUAACGGUCGAAUGGUAUGCAGUUUAUUGUUAGUUUCUGAAGGUGAUCAAACCAUUUCAUAGUGCAUUGAUCAUAAUUAUCGCAUUUGCUGUGUUUAGUGGUAACAUCAUUUAUUAUGCUAAUACAAAACACGGACAGAUUUAAAAAAAAAAAAAAAAAAAAAAACUUUAAAAAACGACACUGAUAACGGUCGUCUGUGAAAAUGGAGUUUCGGGAUGAAACGGCAUAUGGUUUAAUGAUCAACUGUGAUUGAUUACUGACAGUUAUCUUACCGCUUCAAUUUCAAUUCAAUUAAAACUUUAGUGCCUGAGAGUCCGGUGCUUUAAGAACACGAAGAAGUCAGAUUUAUUUUGCAAAACGAUAUUUUUACACAUGUCAUCCGUCCUAAAGAAACACUGAAGUGUUUGGCAUAUUUUUGAGGUCUACGUAGAGGACCAGGGUAGAAGCACUGUCAUCUGGGAGAAACUUGGAAUGGAACCACUGCUCCUCCGCAUUGAGAAGAGCCAGAUGAGGCGGUUCAGGCAUUUGGUCAUUAUGCCUCCCGGAGGCCCCCCUGGGGCGGGGUUCAGGGCACAUCCGUCUGGUAGGAGGACUCAGGGACGACCCAGGACACGUUGGCGAGAUCAUGUCAACUGGCCUGGGAACGCCUCAGGAGCUGGACAAAGUAGCCGGGGAGAGGGAAGUCUGGGUUUUCCUGCUUAGUCUGCUGCCCCUGCGACCCAAGAUGGAUGGACAACAACCAAAAUCCUGUUCGACAGCGAGGUUACGCUGCAUCGCACAACUGGUGAAUGUGAACCCAUGUGCGUAUUCCAAAAAACUUUUCCACUAAAAUGCAGCCGGUAACUCUUCAAGUGGCAUCUCGCCCUACUCUGCGUUGGCGUGAGUAUUAGUGUUUGCCAUGAUUUUUGACAGGUUUGCCUACGCCGGAUGAGUUCCUGCAGUAGACAUCCACCCGUGUUGUCGUGUACAAGCUAGCUAUUGUAACGUAUCUCGACAAUACUGCGCUGCGAGAUGUCUGUAGGUUAGGAGUCCUUUGAGUCUCUUUCGGUGACGUGCUUUGGCCUUUUAUUUACCAGCAGAAACGUAAUACUCUGUUGGCUUCUGCAUGACGACAAGACCGCUGGAGUUCUUAUCAAAUUCUCCGUGAUCGUAUCUCAACUACAAUGACCCGUUACGCCAGGGGUGUCCAAAGUGCGGCCCAUUUUUGAGCGAGAACACAAAGCUAAGGUAUGAUGUUUUGGUCAGCUAGCUUAGCAUAUGCUGACGUCAGUUUUUCUGUGGAAAAAGUUUGGACACCCCAGCGUUAUGCAAAACUGCGGUACUUCUUUGUGCCUCAUGUGUUAGCUUGUAAAUGUUUUAUUCGGAACGCCUCCAUGCUGUCAUGGAGAAGAUGCGCAUGCCGGCACACCGCUAACGCUAGCGACGACAAGCAUUGAAGACAAAUACGCAUUUCACUGUUGUUUUUAUUUCGGGACAUUUUCACUGUGAAUGUAGCGCCUCGUUAUUUAUCCCGUACGGUACCUGCCAGGACGAGGCUAUUGUUACUGUAUGUAGCUUUAAACUCAACACAGUAAAGCAUUUACACUGGACACAACAUUAGGUACGCUUAAUGAAGAGCUUUUUUGUCCUUUGUAAAAGCGAUUUCAAUGUCAUGCGAUGCUGCCUGAUGUUGUGGUCGAUGAUGAUUAUUCAGCCCAAGCAUAGAAAAUAUGUGAUGAUUGUGUGUGCAUUUGUUGUAUUGUUGCAUUGUUGUUGUAUGCACGAGUAUUAGGGCCCCGGUGAAAACGAUACAAUAUCCAUAUAAUGGUAAUAUCACAAGAAAAAUGUUGUAUUAAAAAGAAGCCAGGAGGUUCUGUGAAUAAAAUGGUAGUUUGAAUAAAAGAUCUGCUAUAUAUGAAUAUGCACAUACAGUACGUCUUUAAAAAAAGCUUUGGUUGAUGGUACGGCUUUAUUCUCACUAAAUUAAAACAUUUGUCUUGUAAUAUUAUGACUUUAUUAUCAUAAAAUGUAGAGUUUUUCUUCAUGAUAUUAUUUUUUCCUCAUGAUAAAACAUGUUUGUUAUACAACUACAACCUUAUUCUUUAUUUAUUAAAACGUUCCCACCGUAUGGUUAUCAUAUUUACACCUUAUUCUCGUAAAAUGACAACUUUUUGUCAUUAUUUUAUAACUUUAUUUUUGUAAAAAUCUAUUUGUGCUGUCGUGGUCAUGUUGAUGGAGGAUUACCAAUGCAUUCCAGUAAAAGUAGGAUUUUCUUGUGUGUUUGUGUUACAGUCAUUAUUUUGUAAAUCAUUUCUUGUAAUAUUAAGGAUGAAUUUGUUUUCCCAAUUGCGAAUCUGUUCCCAUGAUAUGGUGAUUUUUUUCCCACUUGAAAUAUUACAAAGUUAUUUUCUCUCACUUAGGAAGUUACUCCCAUGAUAUCACAAAUGAGUCUGAUCUAAAUUAGAAAUGUCUUCCUGUUAUAUAAAGGAUUUCUUUUCUUGUAAUUUUUACUCCCAUGACUUUUUUCCUGUAGUAUCACAAAUUCAUUUUCUCUAAAUUAGAAAUUCAUUCCUGUUCAAUUACAGCUUUUUUUCUUGUGAUAUUACAAACUCAUUUUCUCUAAAUUAGGAAUUUAUUCAUGUUCUAUUGCACCUUUUUUUUUAUUGUAAUAUUACAAACGUAUUUUCUCUCAAUCACUCGUAUAUCAUGAUUUUUUUCCCCCUGUAGUGUCACGCAUUUAUUUUCUCCAAAUUUGGAAUUUAUUGCUGUGAUAUUGUGACGUUUUAUUUUGUAAAAUUAUGCGCUAGGACUAUCCUUCUAAAUGGAGCCUUUUUCCAGUCCAAUAUUGCAAUUUGCUUCUUGUAAAAGUGCUGUGCUGCCGCCAUAAUAUUUGGACUUCCGUCUCAUAAUUCUUUGUGUGUUUCUUGUGUGUUUUGUGGCUCUGAUCCUCCUUGCUGAUAUUUUCUGCAUUUUGACUAUUUUUCAUGUUGUCAUUUUCCUGUCAAGUCAGCGCGAAGAGUUUGUUUGUGGGCCUCGUCGGCCUUUUGAAAUGUUACCACGGGCGACUGCCUCUCUUUAAAGUGCAUUGUGCCAUCGUCACCGUGGCAACGACACAGCAAACAGCCUGUUGCCUUAAAGCAUCAUCAUCACCCUCACCAGCCAUCCUUUUUACAAACAUCUCAGUCACUUUGUUGUACAUAAUGUAAAGACAUAGUAUUUUUCUGACUAUUAAAGCUUUAUAUGGCAGCACAGCUGCGUGUGUGUGUGUGUGUGUGUGUGUGUGUGUGUGUGUUUCUGUCAUGCAAAUCAAGCUGUUGGACACAAAGGAGGCAAUAUGUCGCCGUGUGUGGUCUUCAACGCUUUUUCCACAUGCAGGACACUUCAUUAGGUACACCACUGAACGAAAUCCAGGGGGAAGAGUGAUGAUGAUGAUGACGUAGAAUGUGUGGACUUGAGUUCACGUGACGUGAAAGUGCAUCCACUUCCUGGUUGACUGGAAGCAGCCACCUAUCACAGCCUGUGGUUUGCUUUGUAGCUUCAUUAUCAUAAAUAAAGGCAGAAAACUAACCAA